AUGGCCGACCUUAGCAGAGUUGAAUCGAUGCAGUAUCCCGCGGGGCAUCUCUCCCAUCUUUCCGAGAAUCAGCAGGCUCAGCUGGUCGAGUUCAAGAACAUAUGCCGCGAUGCAGGCUACUACACUCCCGCAAGCGGCGGAAAGCAAGCUAGUCAUGACGAUGAGACGAUGCUGCGCUACCUGCGCGCACGUCGUUUUGUUCCUCGCGACGCCUUUAGGCAGUUCAAAGGCACGGAAGAUUGGCGGAAAGAGAAUAAACUAAACGAAAUCUUCAACACCAUUGAUAUCGAAGAGUAUGAGCAAACGCGCCGCUUGUACCCGCAAUGGCUUGGCCGACGCGACAAACGCGGAAUUCCACUCUUUUUGUUCGAGGUCGCUCCCCUCAACUCCAAGAACAUUUCCGCCUACGAAAAGCAACUCGCAAAGUCAAAGACCACGAUCCCCAAUGUCGCAAACAAGAACACUCGUCUGUUCGCCCUGUAUGAGUCGCUCACAAACUUCUACACGCCCUUGUGCUCCAUGGUUCCCCGCAGCUAUCCAGAGACUCCCGUUUCGCAGAGUAACAACAUUGUGGAUAUCAGCGGUGUGGGCUUGAAGCAGUUCUGGAACCUCAAGGGACACAUGCAGGAUGCAUCGGUUCUGGCCACAGCACACUAUCCCGAGACGCUCGACCGUAUUUUUAUCGUCGGCGCACCGAGCUUCUUCCCGACUGUCUGGGGCUGGGUCAAACGCUGGUUUGAUCCCAUCACUGUCUCUAAGAUCUUCAUUCUCUCCCCGCAAAACGUCUACUCGACACUGUCUGCAUACAUUGAUCACGACAACAUCCCGAAGAAGUAUGGUGGCGGUCUCGAUUUCGAGUGGGGGCAGUUGCCGAAUCUUGAACCAACCAUCGAAGCACAGAUCAAAUGGGAGAACCCCAACACCCAGAACGGACGUAAGACGUUCCCGAUUGGCCCACUCAAAUGGGAACAAGGACCUGAUGGGGAAAUGCAAGCCUGGGGCAUUGGUAGUGAGAACGGAGCUCAAAGGCGAAAGCUAAUCUUCACCAUCCCGAACCCCGUGGGCUACAACCAAACCGAGCCGAUGCCACCCACGCCCAUGGACCAAAUCGGUGACCCUCUCACGAGUGUAGGAACAGCUACACACCCUCCCGACACCGACGACGUAGACAUCGACACUCCACCUUCCGACACCGAGUCGCGCCCUUCGACGAGCUCACCACCCGUCUCGGUGAGCAUGCCUAUCCGCGCGGGAACAUCCGAAGCAAAUUUUGAGCAACAAAACCAGACUCACGCCUCAGGACAGCUCGCAAACGGGACACCAGACGCAGCAGUUGUCGACCAUGGGCAUGGAGACAAGACGAUGACCAUGGAGCCCAAUACAGUUGGCCAGGCCCCUAAAGAGGUACCGCUCCCCGAUCGCGAAGAACCCCCUGCCCCCGGUUACCUAGACCAAGCUAAACAAGCCGCUGCAUCAGCUUCUGCCAUAGUCUCAUCGAGUGCUACUUCUGCUGCCGAAGCCGUUGCCGGCAUGGUUGGGGCAAGUAAAAAGGAGGAGCCGAUACAAGAGCCCGUGAAGGCAAAGAGUCCCGAAGAGGAGGAGAUGGAUAGGAGGAUCGAUGCGACGAGUGCAAAGGACAUGGAAGCGUUUUUGAGGGAGCAGACGGCUACUAGGGGGCAGAAAGUCGGUUGA